AUGCGUUUCACCCUCGCCUCUGUUGUUCUCGCCCUCGCAGGCAGCGCUCUCAGCGCCCCCAUUGUCACCCGCUCUCUCGUCGGCGAGGUCGGCAGCGUCGUCGGCAGCCUUCAGGAUAACGUUCCCUCGGCCCAAGUCGAGGUCCAACUGCAGGGACUUUUGGGCAACGAGCUCAGCCAGAUUGAGAGCGCACUCGGUGGCAUUCCUCUGGCCGACAAGCUCCUGAGCCUCUUGCAGUCUGGUGAUCUGUCUGCCAACGCUCUCACGGCAGUUGGCGAGGCGCUCGCCAUGCUCAAGCAGGGAACUCCCCUCGACACCGUGAACUCGUACCUCAACGCCGUCACUGGCGGUGUUGUCGGCGACCUCGGUAACACCCUGGGAGUGAAGGACCUCGUCGGUCUUCUAGGCGGCGCUCUGGGCGGCGUUGGCAACAUUGUCAAAAUUAUCUAA